AUGGACAGCCCCAGCAAUGCCACCAUGCCCUGUGGCUUUCUCCUUCAGGGCUUUGCUGAGUUCCCACAUCUGAGGCCUGCGCUCUUCCUGCUGCUGUUGGCGGUGCACCUGGCCACCCUGAGUGGGAACCUGCUCAUCCUGGUGGCCGUGGCCUCGGUGCCCAGCAGGCCACCCAUGCUACUCUUCCUGUGCCAGCUGUCAGCCAUCGAGCUCUGCUACACGCUGGUGGUGGUGCCCCGCUCUCUGGCAGACCUGGCCUCUCCAAGUCUUGGCCUAGGGAGCCCCAUCUCCUUCCUGGGCUGCGCUGUUCAGAUGCAGAUGUUCGUGGGGCUGGGUGGCUCCGAGUGCUUCCUACUGGCUGCCAUGGCUUAUGACCGGUAUGUGGCCAUCUGCCACCCGCUGCGUUAUGCAGCUGUAGUGACCCCCGGGCUGUGUGCACGGCUGGCCCUGGUCUGCUGCCUCGGGGGACUGGCGGUGUCCGUGGGGCUCACGGUGGCUGUUUUUCACCUGCCUUUCUGCGGCUCCCGCCUGCUAGUGCAUUUCUUCUGCGACAUCACGGCGCUGCUGCACUUGGCCUGCACGCGGAGCUACGCGGAGGAGCUGCCCCUGCUGGGGGCCUGCCUGGUGUUGGUGCUGCUGCCCUCGGUCCUCAUCCUGGCCUCCUACGGUGCCAUCGCCGCCGCCCUGCGCCGCCUGCACUCCCGGCAGGGCCGGCGCAAGGCCGCCUCCACCUGCGCCUCGCACCUGGCUGUCACCUUCCUCCACUACGGCUGCGCCACCUUCAUGUACGUGCGGCCCAAGGCCAGCUACUCGCCGCGGCAGGACCGCACACUGGCUCUUGUCUACACCAACGUCACGCCGCUGCUCUACCCGCUCAUCUACAGCCUGCGCAACCGCGAGAUCACUACCGCCAUCCGCAGGGUGCUGGGGCGGUGGCGGCCCUGCCCAGCCCAGGGUCAGGGUGUGUGUGAGCCUUGA